UACUGCAGUAGAAUAAAUGAGACCUGCAAUGUUGUCACCUCCAUGCCUCCAUGAGUAUUGAUUAUUCUUCAAAAAGUUAUCGGCCGUGCCAAUAUUAAAACAUAACAAAUUGGCAACGAGGACGAUGGACCUUUGAGGUAAGGCCACUCAAAGUGAAACAGCUAGUGAAAGGAAAUUUACUAGUUAAAAAAAAACACACCAACUCUCCCAGAGCGCUCCCGAAGUUCAGACAAAAGGUGAAGAUAAGAAGUCAAAACUGGAAGAAAUCGCUGCUGUGCUUUUCUGAACAGGAAAGAAGUUUAGAAAAAAAGCUUAGAGAAAAAAGCGAAGCAGCCACGUUUGCAGAAAAAAAGAGACCCACGAUCCCGGGGAUCCCGAGAAAGCACAGGAAAUAUACAGCGACAGGGCCGCCGGCUACUGACAGCCUCUGAAGUUCCAAAUAUAUAGGACAUGCAGAGUUCGAAAAGAAGACGCAGAGAAGAAUGUGCUGCAGUUUUAAAAAAUUACAGAGAGGGAAGGCCCACAAUCCCUGCAGAGUUCGCCAAAAACCCAAACAGUGUGGGAAAAACCACAGACAAAACCGGCAGCUGCUGACAGCCUGAGUUUAAAAAAAAUGGUUACUGUCUCAUAGCGGUAACAGCAUUUAAAGUGGCAACUACAAAAAAGGAAACUACAGUAAACAAAAAGUAAUUGAUGAAGAGAAAAAGGUGGAAAAUGACUAUACUUACCAGACCUAUGGGACAUUUCGAUGGAGCAGUGGAGCUCCUACACUGAACGCUUUGAGCUUUUUUGUCCUUGAAAAUGGAAUUGAAAACAAUAGAAAGGUGGCAGCUUUCUUAAGUGUAAUGGGAGCCAAAACCUUUGGCUUAUUAAGAAGCUUAGUGCAACCUGACAAACCUCACACAAAUUUGUAUGAGGACAUUGUAAAAGCCUGUUGUCGCAUUUUUCCCUGAAGCCACUUGUCAUAGCAGAAAGAUUUAGGUUUCACAAAAGAAACCAAGAGGGGGAAACAAUUACGCAGUAUGUUGCAGCACUUAAAAAGCUCACUGAACAUCGUGAAUUCAAGGAAGUACUGAACGAUACCCUUUGUGACAGAAUGGUCUGUGGACUUCAUACUGAAGCAAUCCAGAAACGUCUACUGACAGAGGCUAACCUCAAGCCAUAGAGAUUGCAGUCUCCAUGGAGCUGGCUGCAUAAGAAGCACAGCAGCUGAGUGUAUCAACUUGAGCGAGUAAUGUGACAGCUGAGUGUGCACACAAGAUAGCAAGCAGCUGAGAAUAUUACCAUUGUGGAAAGUCUGGUCACCAUUCAUCUGAAUGUUAGUGCGGAGACCUUGAAAGCUGUCAGUAUGGCAAGAAGGGACACAUUGCCUGUAAAAACAAAAAAGUAACAGUGAAUCAGAAAGGCAAACCAGAGAAAAAGGACCUGGCAUAACAAGAAGAAAAAUCUCCAUGUCAUAUAGCAGGUAUGGGUGGACCAGUGUGACACAGAGUCUGAAGAAGGGCCACUCCACUGCUUGUCAGUGACAGGUGGUUCAGAGGGCUACUGGGUAACACCGCUGCUGGAGGGCCAACCAAUAUAUAUGGAACUGGAUACAGGGACAGCAGUUUCUCCGGUUCUAGAUGCUACUGUGGUGAAAGACAACUACCCAGCUUUAGUUGGCUUGAGGAGAUCCGGUUAAACUGAGCAGAAGUACACAGCACUGCAAGAGAAGAAACUGGCCUGACAGCUGUUAUAAACAAACAUGCUGUUGUUUUGAAAGACGAUUUGGGAAGCAUGAAGGGAAUCAGCAUAAUAUUGAAUAUCAAAGCUGACUCUCAACCAAAAUUUCUGAAGGCCACAACAGUGCCUAAUGCUAUACGACCAAAAGUUGAAGCUGACCUGGAGCGCCUGGUCAAGGUAGGAAUCUUAGUACCUGCCUGCCAUAGAGAAUGGGCAACACCCAUCGUUCAGGGAAGACUGCUUCAUAUGCAUCUGUGGAGUUACACUGUGUUGUGUGCUGAACAAUAUCCACUUCCCCCAUAUUGAGGACUUUUUUGCUGGCUUGGCUGGUGGACAGAAAUUCAGCAAACUAGAUCUGUUCCAGGCCUACUUACAAAUGCACGUUGAUGAAAAGUCACAAGAAUAUAUCACCAUCACAACACACAAGGGACUGUACCGAUACUGCCGUUUGCCUUUUGGAAUAACACCAGCUCCAAUCUUGUUUCAGAGGGCCAUGGACCAGAUCCUGAGUGGUUUGCCUGGAGUUCAGUGCUACCUUGAUGAUAUCUUGGUAAUGGGCAGGACUGAUGAGGAUCAUCUCAAGAACUUGGAUGCCACUCUGCAAAGCCUAGAGGAGUAUGGCCUACGGUUUUGCAAAGACAAAUGUCAUAGGGCUGUAUACAUUGGGGUUCAUGUUCCCCUCGGUAGACAAAGCCGAAGGCGUCACAGGCAUCGUGGUCAUAAGCAUCAUCAUAGGAAAAAAGGAAAGGACAAGGAAUCUGAUAAAGAUGAUGGAAGAGAGUCUCCCUCAUAUGAUACCCCAUCUCAACGCGUCCAGUUUAUCCUGGGGAUAGAGGAUGAUGAUGAGGAGCACAUGCCUCAUGAUCUAUUUACAGAACUGGAUGAACUUUGUUUCCGUGAUGGAGAAGAUUGUGAAUGGAAAGAAACAGCCCGAUGGCUGAAGUUUGAGGAGGAUGUGGAAGAUGGAGGGGAGCGAUGGAGUAAACCAUAUGUGGCUACCCUCUCUUUACAUAGUCUGUUUGAGUUGAGAAGCUGCAUACUAAAUGGAACAGUCAUGCUGGAUAUGAGAGCUAGCACCACAGAGGAAAUAGCAGAUAUGGUAUUGGACAACAUGAUAGCAUCUGAUCAGCUGGAUAAGAGCAUGCGAGACAAAGUGCGGGAAGCACUACUGAAAAAGCACCAUCACCAGAGUGAGAAGAAACUGAGUAACCGCAUCCCUAUUGUCCGGUCCUUUGCAGAUAUAGGCAAGAAACAUUCUGAUCCUCACUUGCUUGAGCGAAAUGGGGAAGGCCUUUCCGCCUCCCGCCUUUCACUCCGUGCUGGUCUCUCUGCUUCAAGUAUUUCAUUAAGAGGAGCUUCUCGUUUUUCUGUUCCAUUUGGCUCCUUUAUGCCUGGUUCCAAGGGUGGAUCAAUAGCAGGUUCAAGGUGCACAAGUCCCGUUCCCACCCCUCAAAAUACACCACCUUCCACUCCAAAGCUUGAGCAUCGCCAUCAGGGUCAAAGUCAGUUGCUGGUGUCUUGUGUCGGUGAGGAUAUUCCUGAUGUGAUAGUUCACCCCCCUGAUGAAGAACUUGAGGUACAAGAAGGACAGGUGAAAGCACAUGAAGAAUGUGAUGAACAUAAACCAGGACUUCUAGCAUCUCCCCAGUCUGCACCAGGUAUCUUGGAGACUAAGAGCAUUGAAAAAACGGGUAAUACUGCAAGUAGAGAAAACAGCACAGUGGACUUCAGCAAGGUGGACAUGAACUUCAUGAGGAAGAUUCCACCUGGUGCUGAGGCUUCCAACGUCUUAGUGGGAGAGGUGAACUUCCUUGAGAGACCCAUCAUAGCCUUUGUUCGUCUGUCUCCUGCUAUUCUUCUCACAGGACUUACAGAAGUUCCUAUACCAACCAGAUUUUUGUUUCUUAUGUUGGGACCAUCUGGCAAAGCACAGCAAUACCAUGAAAUUGGUAGAUCAAUAGCUACCCUAAUGACAGAUGAGGUUUUCCAUGAUGUUGCUUACAAAGCAAAAGAUCGUACAGACCUGCUGGCAGGAAUAGAUGAGUUUUUAGAUCAAGUUACUGUUCUCCCACCAGGAGAGUGGGAUCCUUCAAUACGAAUUGAACCGCCAAAAAAUGUUCCUUCACAGGAAAAACGGAAGUGUCCUCCUCCUCUUCCAAAUGGUCCACCAAUAACCAAUGGAACCACAAAUCAUGAAGAGCAUCACACUGGGCCAGAACUUGAGCGCACUGGAAGGCUAUUUGGUGGCUUAAUCCGUGACAUCAAAAGAAAAUCACCCUUCUACUUGAGUGACUUCAAAGAUGCAUUUAGUCUGCAGUGCCUGGCAUCCAUUCUUUUCCUUUAUUGUGCCUGCAUGUCCCCUGUCAUCACAUUUGGAGGGUUACUGGGGGAAGCUACAGAAAACAAUAUAAGUGCAAUAGAAUCUCUCUUUGGAGCCUCAAUGACGGGAAUUGUCUAUUCCUUAUUUGCUGGACAGCCGCUUACAAUUUUGGGCAGCACAGGACCCGUAUUGGUGUUUGAAAAAAUAUUAUUCAAAUUAUGCAAGGAAUAUGAGCUUUCAUAUCUCUCACUUCGAGCCAGCAUUGGACUGUGGACUGCAUUGCUCUGCAUAACAUUGGUUGCCACUGAUGCGAGUAGCCUGGUUUGCUACAUAACUCGCUUCACAGAAGAGGCUUUUGCUGCUCUUAUUUGCAUUAUAUUCAUUUAUGAAGCAUUGGAAAAGCUCUUCGCCUUGGGAGAGAAAUUUCCAUUUAAUAUGCAGAAUAAUCCGGAGACACUUACCCAAUACUCGUGUGCCUGUGUUGAGCCAUCUAACCCUUCCAAUAAAACUCUUGAUAUCUGGUAUCGAGAAAAUAAAUCUGCAGAUAAUAUUUCAUGGAGGAAUCUCUCAGUUUCAAAUUGUCAGAGAUAUGGUGGGAUGUUUGUUGGACCAGCCUGUGGACAACAUGGGCCCUAUGUUCCUGAUGUUCUCUUCUGGUCAAUCAUUUUAUUCUUUGCAACAUUUUUUCUCUGCUCCUUUCUGAAACAAUUCAAAACCAAACGUUAUUUCCCAACAAAGGUGAGAGCCAUCAUCAGCGAUUUUGCUGUGUUUCUUACCAUACUUAUUAUGGUACUGAUUGACUUCCUUGUCGGAGUCCCUUCGCCGAAGCUUAAAGUGCCUGACAAGUUUGAGCCUACUGGAAAGCACCGAGGUUGGUUCAUAGACCCACUUGGAGGUAACCCUUGGUGGACAAUGCUUGCUGCUUUUGUACCAGCACUUCUAUGCACUAUCCUUAUUUUCAUGGAUCAACAGAUCACAGCAGUUAUUAUUAAUCGAAAAGAGCACAAGCUGAAGAAAGGUUGUGGUUAUCACCUUGAUUUGUUAAUGGUAUCUAUCAUGCUGGGAGUAUGCUCAAUUAUGGGCCUUCCCUGGUUUGUGGCCGCCACCGUCCUCUCUAUCAGCCACGUCAAUAGCCUGAAGGUGGAAUCAGAAUGCUCAGCACCAGGUGAACAGCCCAAGUUCCUGGGUAUACAAGAGCAGAGAGUUACAGGCUUACUGAUAUUCAUCCUAAUGGGAUUGUCUGUUUUUAUGACUCUUGUUCUAAAGUUUAUCCCGAUGCCAGUGCUUUAUGGUGUCUUUCUUUACAUGGGUGCUUCUUCCUUGAAAGGGAUUCAGUUUUUUGAUCGUAUAAAGCUAUUUGGGAUGCCUGCCAAACACCAGCCGGACUUAAUCUACUUGCGCUACGUACCGCUGUGGAAAGUCCAUAUCUUCACGGUUAUUCAGCUCAGCUGUCUUGUUAUUCUUUGGGUCAUUAAAACUACAGCUGCUGCAGUUGUCUUUCCCAUGAUGGUUCUUGCUCUGGUGUUUAUCCGCAAACUUUUGGACUUCUGCUUUACCAAACGAGAACUUAGCUGGUUGGAUGAUUUAAUGCCUGAAAGCAAGAAGAAGAAGUUGGAAGAUAUGCAAAAAAAGAAAAAGGAAACUGAGGAAGCUCAAAGAAUGCUUGAAGUUGCGGAAAGCGGGACAGUGCAGCUUCCCUUAGAGGGUGGCAACAUUCUGAAGAUUCCAGUAAAAAGUAUUAAGUACAGCCCAGAUGAUCCUUCGGUCGUAAACAUAUCUGAUGAAAUGGCUAAAACUGCUGUGUGGAAGGCUCUUGCUGUAAAUGCUGAGAAUGCAAAAGUUGUAAAGCUUGAAGCAAGUCCUGAAAAUACAAUGGAUGUCAAAAUGAACAUUGAAGAGGUGCCCUCAAGAAAUGUCCUUGAUGCUGAAACCUCUGUAUGAAACAUGCUGCAUCCUUAUCAAUCAAGAAAGACUUCUCGUUUUGAAUGCUAUUACUUGAGCCACAACUGAACCUCUGGAUCCUUUGCAGGAAAUAGAGACCUGUUGCUGGACUAAUCAGUGUCUCAGUCAGAGUGAAACUCUUCUGACCAAGGUUGUCUCGCCUUUGUACUAUUUUACAUCAAUGCAAUGCCAGCUAUUAUUUCAAUCUUCAUAUCUACAGGCUCAACAAUUUUAAAUUUACAAUUUUGGCAUAGGCUUAUGAAGAGUAAACAAGCAAUAAUCUCGUACACAAGUUUUUUAAAAAAUCUGCUUCCAACAUUUGACUUGCUUAGUGGUAGUACCAGAAAAUGAUGUACUCUUUCAAAACUGGGAAGUAGUACAAAAUGAACACAAGUAUAUAGUCUAUACAAAAAAAGUAUGCAUAUGUUGCUUAUUGACAUUCUUCAUAAUCCCAUCAAGAUAAGUAAUAGUUAAUAAAAUUUUCAACCAAAUCCUCAUAAAUCUAUCUCCUCAUCUGUCAAUGAUCCUUCAGAAUUUUGUUGCUACUGGAUAACAAUGAGGUAGCAUGAAGUAACAAGUGUUUUGAUAGGAUAUGAUAGAAGAGCAGGUAUGUAAAUUGGUAUAAUGUACCUGAGGGGUGCACAUCUCUUGACUACACUGGUGUAAUACUGGUCUGUUGUUGUUUUAUUUACAAAAUGGUGUAUCAGUUUUGCAAUACUGAUUUGUGACUAUCUGCAUCUGAACUGUUUACAUUUAACUUUAUUCAACAUGAUAUACUGUAGGCUUUAUUUAGCAUUGCAGUGUGUUAUAUGUUUUAUUUAUUUAUAUUUACUCAAAUUUAUUCAAAUUGCCAUGCUAUAUGGAAUAUAAAAAAGAUUUGGCUAAUUUUAUAAAGAUUGUUGUUGUAUUUUUGUCUUUGUACUUUAGAUAUAUAGAGUAACCACUUUCUAUGGGCAGUACUGUAGUUAUAGUAUUAGGUCAGUAACUCUAGAGCCAUCUCAGGAAAUCAGGAUCUUCCCACUGGUCCACGUUGUCAUGCUUUUACACAGUUUGUGAAGUUGUUUUGUCUUCUCGACCAGAUGAAACUUAACAUUUCUUUUGACCAGCCAUGUUACUUUUAAGUGGGGACGAGUUCAUUUAUCUUUAGUCUAAAACACAAUGCCAAUGCAACACACAGAAUUAUAUUCAUCAUUUGCAUUCAAUCAUUGCAAAAUAAUCACCAAACAGAUAGCCAAAACACAAAUGGUAAUAUUGUGAAAUGUUUGAUUUGUAUCCUUACACUGGUUAUAUAGUUACACAUAUGACAAGUUCUGCGGAUACAUUCAGCAGUAGACCCAUUUCCUGCUUCUGUUUUAUUAAAUGUACAGAUUGUAAUCACUGUAAUUGAAUAAUUGCAUUUGCAUAAUAUAACAAGGGAUGUGAAUUAUAGAAACUUAUUUUAAUCGAGUGUCAGUUGGUGAACUGAAGUUUUCUAUUUAAUUUUUUAGGUUACGCUAAAGAAUAGUAUUGUGUUGAUACUGUUGACCGUUAGAUGCUAAAUACAGUAUGAGAUUUUAACAGUUUGAGAAACUGGUUUCUGGCAGGGACAGUUUGGUCCCAUUUGUUUUUUUCUUUUAAAUCUGCAGUUGAUGGUAAUUUUAUGUCUUCCUAUGUUCUGCUUAUUUAAUCACAGAACAAAUAAAAUCCCGAGUAUUCAUCAAUUUUCAUAAAAUUGUCUAAGUUCAGAUAAUUAUGGUUAAAGUUUUUAUGACUAUUUCUAAAGUACAGUAGUGAUUUCAUUUAUUUUUGUAAGAAGACCCAAAGCAAUGUAAAAAUGUUAUAGCAAUCCAUUGUUUUAGUUUAAAUGAUGAUAUAUGUGCAUAACCCAGAUUUUGUUUUCUUUAAGGACAAUGUCCUGCUUUCAGUUGAAUAUUAGGGGAAAAUAACUAUUUUUUGUAAUGUCAUAAUCUGUUAAUGAAAGCAAUAAAGUCUCUUAUUGUAUUAAA